CCCCCUGUUUCUGAACGAGAACAUUUAGUGGCUGGUCAACUUUAAGACAAACUAGUAUGCUAACAUAGCAUGUAGCUAUCCUCCCUGUCUUACGGAUUUUUUUUAGGUGUUCAGCAAUAUCUUUUCUCCCACGUUUAGUGAAUCUGCCGUUUGUCAGAUAUGGCCGACCAACAACAGUCCGAAGACGUCACGAACCGAUCCGACCUGCUGUCUGAAGAAGGCAAGAAUAGCAAAACGGUCUUGUGCCAACGCUGCGGGUCCAAAGUGCUGUGUCCAGGGAUGGCUGUGUUUGCAGAGAAAGAGCUGUUUUUACCAUCCAUGCGGAAGAAAAGUGGCCUCAGCACCACAGAGGGCUCAGUGGACGGGGACACUCUGACCGCCCACUGGUUUGUGGACGACAUGUACACCUUUGAAAAUGUGGGCUUCACGAAGGACGUGGGGAGAAUCAAGUACCUCAUCUGUGCAGAUUGUGAGAUUGGACCGAUCGGCUGGCACUCUUUGGAUGACAAGAAAAGUUUCUAUGUCGCUCUGGAAAGGGUGAAUCAUGCAUAAUCUAAAUGCAUGCGUGAGCCCUCAUGAACUUAAAAAAAUGUGUUGGCAAGCUAUGCAGCUUUUCAUUGAUUUAUUCCCAGAGUUGAUCCCAAACUAAUCCAUAGCACAAACACUUACAUGAAAUGGUAUGUGUACUUUGUGUAUGAUAAAAGGACUGUGUCUUUCUCAUUCUUCUCAAUCACACUAACAACAUUAUAAUAAUUAUGUUGUAAUAAAGACGUUUUUGGGAAGCUGAUGUUGAAUACCAUCCUGCAUAAGGUGACGUCAAGUCUCUCCUCUCAGUGUCCUUUAACCCACAAGUUAUUACUCCACAAUGCUUUACAUUUUACGUGUUGGUUUCGGGCCUUAAUAAGGUUGAAAAAAGAACCUGUAACAUUUUCAUUAAAGCACAUGCAUGGUUUCACAAAU